AUGAGCUCAAGUCACUGCUUAGCAUCCGGCAUAUUCAAGGCCCUUUCCACCGACUCUCGACCAUGGAAUCUCACUCGCAGGCUCAAAAGCGAUAACCAUCGGGACAUGCAAGGGGAACUCAAGGGGACGGCAACGUUCAAACCAGCUUGCAAUGGAAGGUCCGGCAUCCCAAAUGACCUUGUAUAUGAGGAGCAAGGAGAGAUGCGAGACCCAUCAGGCCGUAACUCGACGAGGAUGAAAUGGUCACGCAGAUAUAUGUGGCGGCUAUCAGAUUCCAGCCUGAGCGUAUGGUUCGUCAAGGUCAACAUGGAAUCCAGCAAAGAAAGCGCACAAGAUGGUCAGACUGAGGACCUGCCGGACUAUAUCUUUCAUCAACUACGGUUUAUGGAUGAAGAUGAAGGGGAAAAGGGUGACCUCGAGGUGACAGACCUGGUCCCGCCAGCAACCGCCUCAGACGAAGGAGAGACCGCGGUCCUUUUUGCCCGUGGAAGCCAUCUCUGCAUCAAGGACAACUACGAGACCACUUAUGCCUUUCGAGUUUCAAAAGGCUGCUUCGGCUGUAUACAUAACUGGGCAAGUAGCCAUGUGGUCGAAGGCCCGAAAAAGAGCCAGCGAAUUGUGAAUAUGUAUACCAGGGCACCCUGA